CAAUGUUACUGCAGAAAGAGAAGAAACUGCGAAAUGAAGAAGCAAAUUCUGUCUUUGGUAUUGCUCUCUUUCUUCGUUGCUACGUCUUACGCACAACUUAGACAAAAUUUCUAUCAAACCAGUUGCCCAAAUGUCGAAUCCAUAGUCCGAUCAGCAGUCACUAAGAAAUUCCAGCAGACUUUCGUUACAGCUCCAGGCACUCUUCGGCUCUUCUUUCACGACUGUUUUGUUCGGGGCUGCGAUGCUUCCGUCUUUCUGUCCAAUCCUAAUGCCGAGAGGGAUCAUCAUGACGAUUUGUCACUUGCCGGAGAUGGAUUUGACACCGUCAUCAAAGCAAAGGCCGCCGUUGACAACAAUCCCAGCUGCCGUAAUAAAGUUUCUUGCGCAGAUAUAUUAGCCCUUGCCACUAGAGACGUUGUAGCCCUGACAGGUGGGCCAUCAUACAAGGUGGAAUUAGGAAGGAGAGAUGGAAGAAUCUCUACAAAGAAAAGUGUCCAACACAAACUUCCACACCCAGAGUUUACACUUGACCAACUUAAUACCAUGUUCGCGUCUCAUGGUUUAUCUCAAACCGAUAUGAUUGCACUUUCAGGUGCGCAUACACUUGGAUUCUCUCACUGUGGUCAAUUUUCAAAGCGCAUUUAUACGAAAUCUGGAAUAGACCGGACAUUAAAUACAAAAUAUGCUCUUCAGCUUCGACAAAUGUGUCCAGUAAAUGUAGAUCCUAGGAUCGCGAUCAACAUGGACCCCACAACCCCUCGCACUUUCGACAAUGUGUAUUAUCAGAAUCUCCAACAAGGAAAAGGCUUGUUUAUCUCCGACCAAAUCUUGUACACAGAUAAUCGGUCAAGACCAACUGUUAACCUAUUUGCGUCGAACAACAAUGCCUUCAACCAGGCUUUUGUGGCAGCCAUGACGAAGCUUGGAAGAGUUGGGGUUUUAACAGGGAACCAGGGGGAAAUCAGACGGGAUUGUAGCAGAGUUAACUAAAGAAUAAUGCUCUUAUUUUUAUUUAUUAUUUGUUUAUAUACAAAGGGUCAUUUUUGUUCUUGAAUAAUCAGCUACGAUAGUUCAAAAUGCAUGCAUGUAGCUUUUGAAGAACACUCAUUGUGGUCCCUUUUUUUUGAAUAAUGAUAGACAGUUUCUUGUGAUA